UAACGUGCGCGCUCUCGGUCGUUACCUAGACGCUGAAUGUAAACCGCAGAAGUUGAACAGAAGAGAUGAAGAGGAUAAAGUUCAGCUGAAAUGUUCGACUAGUUCAAGUGAAUGUAGUUAAGUUAAGCUGUCGACUUUAGUUUUGUUCAGUUGUCGUCGUGUUUCGGACAGAAGUGGUAAACUAUGAAGGCUCACAACAGCGAGGUCGGAGUGUUUGUCCGAGUCAGACCGACGGCGAACUUCGCCCAAGACUUAAUUGAAUGUCUUCCUGACGGACAGACAGUGAACAUCUGUCACAGGAAAACCUCCAGGAAGCCCAGGGACUCCAACAAAAGUCAGCUAAGCUCCUGGUCAUUCCAGGUGGAGGGCGUCCUGCAGGAUGUGUCCCAGGAGGAGUUUUACAACCAAGUGUGCCGACGGGUGGUACUGGGAGCACUGGAUGGCUACAACGGUUCUGUGAUGUGUUUUGGGCAGACAGGUGCAGGAAAGACCUAUACCAUGACAGGAUCCACAGAAUCAUACAAGCAGAGAGGUGUCAUCCCUCGGGCCCUUCAGGAGGUGUUUCAAGAGGUGGAGAAAAGGACUGAGCAUGCCUUCACUGUGCAUCUGUCCUACCUGGAGAUCUACAACGAGACCCUGGUGGACUUGCUGCCAUCGCUGCGAGGCACACAACACCCGUCUCCUCGCGGUAUGGUGGUGACGGAGGAGCCGGGCAGAGGGGUAUUCAUCAGAGGUCUGUCUCUUCACCCUGUCCACAGUGAGGAGGAGGCCCUCAACCUGCUGUUUGAGGGUGAAAUGAAUCGCAUUAUUGGAUCUCACGCAUUGAACCGGAACUCCUCCAGGUCCCACUGUAUCUUCACUGUGCAUAUAGAGUCCCGCUCACGGACUCUUUCUGACAGCAAGUAUAUCACCUCCAAGCUGAAUUUGGUGGAUUUGGCCGGUUCGGAGAGGUUGCGAAAGACUGGGUCAGAGGGUCAGAUGUUAAAAGAAGCAGUGUACAUCAACAAGUCCUUGUCAUUCCUGGAACAGGCCAUCCUGGCCCUGGCAGACCGUCGCAGAGACCACGUGCCCUUCAGACAGAGUAAACUCACGCAUGCUCUUAAAGACUCACUGGGAGGAAACUGCAACACUGUGCUUGUGGCCAACAUCUACGGUGAGGCUGCACGGAUAGAAGAAACACUCUCUACUCUGCGCUUUGCCGGCAGAAUGAAGUGUCUCCGGGCUGACCCUGCUGUUAAUGAACACAUGGAUCCAGCAGCCAUGAUCAAGAAACUUCAAAAGGAUGUACAGACGCUGAAAGAGGAACUCUCUUUGUGUAAUACAUUGGUGAACCGGCCGAGCCUCACGUGCGAGCCGUUGUCUGAUGCCCAGCUGGCGGAGAUCCACAGCCAUAUUCGGAGGUACCUAGAGGGAAGCCUGGAUGAAAUCAGUAUCAUAAGUAUCAGGCAGGUCCAAGCAGCGUUCGCACAGUUCAAGCUCGCUGUGCAGGAACAGGAGCAGAAGGUAAAAGCUCAGCUAUGCCAGACCUACAACUUGGUGAAAAAAGAUCAGAGUGCUAACACAACUGCUGUCAAGGAGUGGGAUACCAGAGGUAGCGCUGAGGAUGGGGAGGCCGUCAGCUUUGGGGUUCCUCCUCAGUCACUGAAAAACAGCCAACGCCCAAGUUCGGUCAAAGCCAAAACUAAGAAGCCUAGUGACAAACAGAGCCAAAGCAAGAGACUAGGAGAGGGGAGUCCAGUUCCAAGGAAGCGUCUGGAGAGUGCCUCAAAAUCAAAGGUGAAUUCUGUCCAGACGCCUGAGAGGGAGUCACAAGAACCAGAUACAGAGAGCCAGGACACGCAGGAAUCACAACCACCUGGCAACGAACCCCUCCACCCUGAUUUCCCGUCUCUGCCCAGCUCUGCACGAGCCAAAGAGGAGGCCUUUGAGGAUUUUAAGGUGGGACAAGGCAGCCAGAUCAACCGCAUCUUCAAAGAGAACAAGACCGUGCUGCUGGAACGCCGCAGUCUUCUUCGACAGCUCACUGAGGAGGUCAACACUGUCAAGAGAGACAUCGACUGCACCAUGGCCACCAUACAGCAGCACAAGGAGAUAAGAGAAGGCCAAGGUCAGUAUUUGGUUGUGGAAGGGGAGCCACUGCUGCUGGAGCCAGAUGCCCCUUUAUUAAUGCAGCUCAGAGAGCUGAAGGCCCUGUACCGGCAGAGAUACGAGGUGCUGCGUGACAUUAAGGCAGAGGUCAACUACUGCCAGCAUCUUGUGGAUCAGUGCAGGCUGCGCUUGCUCUCUGAAUUUGAGAACUGGUAUAAGAAGUUUUUCCUGGUGCCUGAGGAAGAGCUGGACAUAACUAUGGAAAAGACCCUCGAACAAGACGAUGGUGCAGAGGAGAGGCUUGCUCCUGGCAGCCCCAGCGCUGAGUCAUUCUACAACACCCACCACAGAACUCAGAAAAGGCGGAAUAGCAGGGCACAGAGGAACUCGUCUGGACAGAGAAGACCUCCGAUUCCACCUGUUACCUAAGGUUUUCUACAUUUAAUUUGUACAUCAAGCACAAAAGACACAACACAAUGAAUCAGCUUCUUAAAUGAAAAGUAAAAUUUAUUAUUCCUGAACCACAAAAUAGACUUCUUUGGUUGUACAAAUUCACUAGUUACAGUCUUGUAUGAGCUCUAACCCUUGACCCCUUUCCCUCCGACCUAUUUGCAAAGUAAAAGCCCCCAAAGAGAACUCAAGACAAAAGAAUAAAACACACAAACAUGAAACACUGCAUUAAUAAUGUAGUGAAACCCAUCUGAAAAACGAUUUACCUACUGUAAGUUUAAAAAAAAAAAGAAAUAUCAGCCAUUGCAAAUGUUAUCAAACAAACUGAAUUUCAGUCAGUGAGAGCAACAUGGAAAGCUAUCAUUAGAAGACCUACAUUAAAUUAACAAAUGCUACUAUGCUGUGAUUCUGCAAAAAUACCCAUCAGAUACAUAAACUGACAAGUGUGUCAAGCAGUGAACUGAAUGAGAUCAAUAUCUUGAGAGGGAUUUCUAAAUUGGUUCUGCCUCUCGCAGCUCUCCCAUUAACAAACCAAUAUACAUGCAGAGAGUGUCCUGAUACCAGGCCUGUCCAAACCCAGACACAUCAGCAGUCCAGACACUCGCUUGGUCUAGGUCAAGACUGGCUCAGUUUCAGACCCAAGUUUGCUUUCCUUUCAUUAUUUGUACAUUAUUCACACAAUAAAUGAUUUUUCAGUGGCAUCAGAUUUAAAUUAACCAUAGACAGAAAUAUAAAACACCUGCUACCUUCACGUCACUCUGGAAUACCUCCAUAUAGCUCUAGGAUAGAAAUUAAUGAUUCACAUUGGUAAAAUAAAAGAUACCCUAAACAGGGAGGAUAAGUACCGUUAAUUAGUACAUUAUGCUAAAAAUGUAUGUUGUCAAACUUUGAUAUUCUCAACCUUUUCUGUGAAACUGCCAGCUCAAUGCUGCAACCUCGAGUGGAGUUAUAUUCUAUACAAGGGGAAUGUAACAGUCAAUAAAUCUGGACCGAUGACUCACCGAUAUUUUGGUCCAACCCAUUGGUGAGUUGUGACACAGAUGUGCAACAGCUGUACAUUGUCCAAGCAAUCUAAUUUGUAGAUAUGCUUCUUUUAAAAACCCCUGGAGAAUAAGUGUAUAUAAUAGAUUAACUGAUAUGUGAUUUAUUAGUUAAAAGCUUUGACCCAUAUCUAUUCUACAUUUUUGUAAUGAUAAAUGAUUAGAAGCAUCAGUCAUGCUCUUUGUGCCCAAAAGGGCUGGAAGGGUUAAAAUGGAACACCUUUAAUUUUAGUAAAACAAUAAAUUAAGAUAUUCUUAAAAAGCUGAUCAGUGACAGUGCAAAAAAAGAUAUGUACUGUUUGUUGUUUUUAAAGCUCCACAACUUGACUAUGAAGGUAGCAGGAUGUUCCCUCCUCAAUUAAUAUAUACACUCCUGUCCACCCCAGGUUAAAGAAACCCCUGACAUUUUACAAUCUAUUCACUGAAAGCCUAAAAAUAUCAUUUCAAGAAGUUAGUAUAGCUAAGACCCAUUUCUUUUCUCUUCCAGUAUGUUUUUUUUUUCUAAAACAGCAGAAUCAUUGGAGGUGCGAGAAUUAAAAACUAAAAACUCUUUUUAAAACAGAUCAGCUAAAAAGGUAAACUGAGUGUAGAACAAAUAAAAACAAAUGGUCUGUAAGUAGCAAUCCUAGCUAACCACACGAGCUCGUUCUUGCCCUUGAGGGACUGUUGAGCAACUUGCCAACUCAUUCACAGACUGUAUAGGCAAGACUGGCACGCAGGAUAUAAGUGAGUGUGUACGUGUGGUGACUAUCAGCUUCUUAGUCUCUGCAGUGGUUAUAUAUAGGAAAGUAAAUCUCGCUCUACUGACACUGUAGUGUUUAGUGACUCUGCACCUCCUGUGGAUGCACCCACGUGUUACCAGUACUCCACAGUGAAUGAAAAUGUGUGUCUGUGUUCGCAUUAUGUCUUCGCAUUUCUUCUCUCAGUGUGAGGUGUUACGUGGGCACAGCGGUUUCCAGGCUGCGGCGGCCCUGCCUCAGUUUGCGCUUGUUGCUGUAAAGGGCCAUCUCCUCCAGGGCUGAGGUGGCAGGCAGCGGGGUGGAGACCUCAGGACUUGCAGUAGGCCCUAGGCAACAAAACAAAAAAAAAAAAACACAGAACAACUUCAGAAUUGCAUCUAUAAAGCUGCUGCAGUUUAGCUUCUUUUCAUUUCACUGAUUAGAAAGCAGAUGGAUCCCUUCAACCUGCGAGAGAAGCCCCACAUUCAGAUCAGCAGCUGGAAAAAAGCAGGACCCAAAGGUUUUGAGCAGAAAACUGAAGCACCCAGUGACUGCAUGUUUAAACCUGACACCUCAACAGGCUCUAUAUUCAAACUCACAGCAAGAGUUGGUACCAAUUGUUGUUUAAAGAACUCAUUUGCUAUUACGUCAUCAAAAUGAUUGACAUGUGCUUAAGUGACCGAAGCAUCGCUGUGCCAGCUGAGUGGGUGGAUGAAAGAUGACAAUUAUCUGUAGCAAUGCAUCCUCACGUCUAAAAUGAUUCCAUCCACAGUCAGAGUUUAAAAAAAGGCCUCAAUUCAGACACAUUUGCACUUUCAGGAACAUUACAUCGCCUGCAGGCAUGUUGCUUCCCUCUGAGUUAAAAUCAUUAAGAAAUACUGUUAAAGAGACUUCUGAUGACUGACCUGCUGCAUGUAUUUACAAAACAUUUAACAACUAAAAUGAGCAUACUGACUGAUAACAGCUCCCUUUAAUCACUAGCUUCAGUCAGCGCUUUAAACAAAUCCAUGCAGUCUGGAACACUGUUAGUGUAAGAUCAUUAGUUACAAAACAGCAAAUCUCUCUUCCACUUUGGUCUCAGCAGCAGGCAGAGCACACCCAUCUUAAUACCUGAACCCACAGUUUUCCACACAGGUUAGAGGAUAAAUGCACAAACUAACACACUCUCACAUGUUCCCAAAAACACAUGCACACAGGAUCCUACCAAGACGAGCUGCUUAUCCCAGGUAUUCACCUGAAUCAAAGUGGGAAAGAAGAAAUUGAGGUAAUAAAUCCAUCACUUGAAGUCCACACAUCUUUUUCAGGCUUGUGCUGAUACAAUUUAAAAUACUGAAUAGCUCCAGUACUGACCUGGGUUAGUGGAGCCGUCGUCGUGGAACUGCACGUCAUCGACUGUAUCAGGGGACUGGAAGACAAGAAGAGACUGUAAAUAACUGAGAGGUGGGGGUGUUCUCAGUAACCUGUAUCCCAGGGGAAGCCUUCACCGUGUGAGCAGUGGAGCUGGCAGCGAGGGAGACUGAGAACACAUGCCAGCCGCUCACAGCAGCUUUAGCAGACAGCACUGAAGCUCCCAAUCUGUCAGAGCAACAAAAGCCAGAGUACCUCUACUUGACUAGUCCCCCCUGAGAGAUGGGCAUGUUAAAGGAAAGGGAGGUUAGAUCAUCAGUUCCGGGGUUUGUUGUGUAGGCACGUCCACAAAGAGACAGCAAACAGAGCGACACUACAGCACCAACAAGAGUCACCAGGCACGACGGAAAAACCAAGCAGCAUGUUGAGUUGUUCUGUCUCUGUGCUGAUGCCAUUAUAUUACCAAGACCGAUAAUGUUUUUAUCUUGUAAUCUGUGUUGAGAAGCUGUUUAUUGUACUUACGGAGCCUGUCAGAGGACCACUAUGACCUGCAAGCUGAAGAUCAUGAGAUCAACCUAGUCUGUUUAUUAAUGGCUGUGCAUGACAUCUUCUGGGAGGAGCUGGCUGACAGUUUGAAGAGGUCGUUUUAUAAGUUUGUUUGUUUUAAAUUAAAUGUCACAAUUAACACAUCUGA